AUGGCAUCUACUUGGCCUAUCCAGGCCCCCAAGGACCAGGAUGAACUUUUGGAAGUAAAAAUAGAGGAAGAGGAGGAAUGUAAGUAUGCCACCACACAGGAUCAGAACCUACAAAAGAACAGUUCACACAACAGAGAGGUAUUCUGACAGUACUCUUGGCAGUUCUGCUACCAGGAAACAUCUGGACCCCAUGAGGCUUUGAGCCGACUGCAGGAACUUUGCUGUCAGUGGCUGAGGCCAGAGACCCACACCAAAGAGCAGAUCCUGGAGCUGCUGGUGCUGGAGCAGUUCCUGACCAUCCUGUCCAAGGAGCUCCAAGCCUGGGUGCAGGAACAGCAUCCAGAGAAUGGGAAAGAGGUGGUGACUGUGCUGGAGGAUUUAGAGAGAGAGUUGGAUGAGCCAGGAUAUCAGGUCUCUGUCCACACUGAGGAACAGGAAAUGUUCUUGCAGGAGAUGACAUCUCUAGGAACAGAACAGGGACCUAGUAUGCCCUUCCCAUUGAUGAAAGCCCAGCUGAAGUGUGAAUCUUCAGAACUUGAAGCCCAACAGGAGCAAGUUUCAGAUGUUGAACCUGGAAAUGAGAACAGGAAUUUAAUUCGAAAGCAAGAAAUUUCUGAAGAAAUGGAACCAUGUGGGAAUAUAUCUACCAGAUUUGAAAAUGAAAUAUCCCAUUCUGUGAGGUAUGGAAAAACUUGUGAACAUGAAGAAAAAACAGAAGAGCCCUCUGGGUACUCCAGGGAAUAUAAACAACUUGCAGGUGAUGAAAAUGGUGUAAGUUUGACUGAGAACUCAGACCUUACUGAACACCAGAGACUCUGUCCAUUAGAAAAACCUUAUAAAUGUGAUGACUGUGGAAAAGCUUUUAGUCAGCACUCAUGCCUCAUAGAACAUCAGAGGAUCCAUACUGGAGACAGGCCUUACAGAUGUGAGGAAGGUGGAAAAAGUUUCCUUUGGAGAACUGUGCUUAUUCGACAUAAAAUAAUACACACUGGAGAGAAACCAUAUAAAUGUAAUGAGUGGGGCAAAGCCUUUGGCAGAUGAUCAGCUCUUAAUCAACAUCAGAGACUUCACACAGGAGAGAAACACUACCACUGUAAUGAAUGUGGGAAAGUCUUUAGCCAGAAAGUGGGUCUCUUUCACCAUCUCAAGAUCCACAUAAGAGACAAACCAUAUCAUUGUACUCAGUGCAAUAAAAGUUUUAGUCGACGUUCAAUACUUACUCAGCAUCAAGGCAUUCAUACUGGGGCAAAGCCCUAUGAGUGCAAUGACUGUGGAAAAGCCUUUGUAUAUAAAUCAUCCCUUGUUUCCCAUCAGGAAAUCCACCACAAAGAAAAAUGCUAUCAGUGUAAGUAAUGUGGGAAAUCCUUCAGUCAGAGCCUUAUUCAGCAUCAAAUAAUCCACAUUGGGGAGAAACCCUACAAGUGUGAUGUAUGUGGAAAAGCCUUUAUUCAGAGGACAAGUUUCAUAGAACAUCAGCAGACUCACACUGGAGUGAGACCCUAUAAAUGUGAUAAGUGUGGGAAGGAUCAAAGAUCAGUCCUCAUGGAACAUCAGAGUAUCCACACUUGAGAGAGGCCCUACAAGUGUGAUGAGUGUGGCAAAGCCUUCAGACAGAGGUCAGGUCUUAGUAAACACCAGAGAAUCCAUAAUAGAGGUGGUGCUUUUAAAUGUAAAGAGUGUGGGGAAUUGUUCAGGCAGAACUCAACUUUUAUUCAACAUCAGACUAUCCACAAAGGAGAAAAAUCUGUGUGA